UCAAUUUGAGUAGAAGCAAGACUUUGGAUCUUCACUUUUGUCUCAGUAGCGUUGGCUCUGCAUGACGUUUUCAUUAAUUACUUUGCAGUAUUUGCAUACAAAUGCAUUAUGAAUAUUGUUUCAACUAUUAAAUUAUUGUUUGGAAUGUUUUUAUGCCUGGUUUUCCUGCGGGGUUUUUGUUUUUUUGUGUCUUUUGCUGAAGGUGACUUGAAGUGUUCUGUUUUUAUUUUUCUUAAAUUGUAAACAGAAGUUUUGACGAUGGGCUCUGGUGUUGUUCUCUGCUUGAAUGCAUGUUUCUAGAGAUGCACGUUACCUUUUGCUUUUCUUUCUUUUUUCAAACUGACACCGAUAACUUUGUGCUUCUCAAGACCGAUAUGGUACCGAUAACUGAUUACUUUUUUUAGAUCUGCUUUUUCAAAUUUAAGUGUAGUUUGUGCACACCUGGAGGUAAGAAGGACUGGAACAAAUUAGGAUUGGACCAAGUGUACCUGUUGAUUUGUCCUAAUCAAAUAUGAUGACAUGACUACUACCACAUCACUACUACCAGGAGAACCAGAGUAUAGAGAGGAGGGAACCACCUCGAGUGGCCCAGCACUACAUUAUUGGAGCCCUCUAGGCAUGACAUAACACCCCUAUCAUCACCUUUACACUCAUAUUACCCAAUAUAGUACAUAUAAUAAUAAUAAUAAGAGAAAGUAAGAAAUAUUGUGCAUAGAAAACCUAUUUAUGACCGUCUAAAUACGUUUUUUUUUAACAUUAUUAGAGCCCUCUAGACAUGACAUAACACACCUUUAGUCACUUUUCAAAUGCCGCGGCCUUAGCAUUUCAAUGUCUGAUAUGUUUUUUUGUUUAUUCUUCCUGUAUGUUUGUUUCCAAGUGAGCUCCGGGGACCGUGAGGCGGGUAACAUCACAGGCGGGGGGAAAGAGGAGCGCUUGAUUUGUCAACUUGCACAGCAAUCUCGCCUGAUGGGAGCGUUUUAUCGGUUAUUGGAGCUAUUUUGAGUGUUAUCGGAUUCAUCGGUACGACGUCAUAAUUCCCUCAUAUCGCCCGAUAAUUAUCGUGCACCCCUGCGUUUCCUUUUUUUUUUGCACAAACAAAACAACAACACAUACAUCUCCUUCCUUCUUUCCGUUCCUUUCAGGAAUAAGUCAAAUUUUUCCACAGACUAUGAACAUCUUCAGUUAGCUAGUUUGAUGCCGUAGCUUGUUACGAGCCACACACCUACAUGAAUUACAGCUGGAGUUUCCCAAAAGGAUCAAGUUCUCUUUUUUUAGAUUUGAAAAUGAAGUUUCAACCUAAAUAACCUCAAGUUGACUUUAAUGUUUAAUUCCUCUAGCACAUGAGUAAAAUAAAAUAUAUUCAGAAAAUCGUACUAUUUGUCUUUUUCUUUUUUUAAUGGGCUUCCUGUUAUGUUUGCGUGUGGGAAGGAGCACGUGUUCGUGACGUACGUAAGACUUAAAGCGCAUGCGUGACGCUGCACCUGAAAACGGAAGUAAAAACUCUACAGGAGGACGUUUGUUGGAACUUGUUUGCCCCUUUGGAGCCGUCUCUCUCAAGCCAACAUGGCAAACGGACGCAUCGAAAUCCACGACCCCUUCGCCAACGGCAACAACCUCAGCAGCAGCAGCAGCAGCAGUGGCGCUGCUGCCGACAGCCGGGAAGCUACCUCAGAUGCAGAGAACCUGCGGAACAUCGUGGAAUUCCGCCUCAUGAUGGCGUACGCAAAGAGGCGGCGGAGGAGAAAAUGCAGCGAGUCGUCCUUGGAGGGGUCCCUGGAGGCUCAAAUGGGCUGCUUGGACUCCGGCGACAAGAGCGAAGAAGAGAAGGCAUCUACAAAGAAGAAGAAGAGGAGGUGGAAACGUCUGACGAGCAUUUUGAGAUGCAUCAAGCCUGAGACGGGGGAAGCUCGGAGAGCCCCUGAGAGAGGAGGUGAUUUCAUCUGUGCCCAAGGUCCUGCAGACAGACAUAUCAUCAUCAACCAAGGUCCUGCAGACGUCCCCUCAGGUGAUGUGGAGGGGGCGGACGAGAUAGACAAGGUGGCCUGCAGGCUGACGGACAUCGCCGAUGACAUCCCCUUCGCCCCGCCGGAAGUGGAGCUGGAUUCUCCGGAAGAGGACGCCAACGUGGAGAAGCUGAUUGGCCUCCUUCUGAGGGAGUGUGGAGACAGCCUGGACCAGAAGGUCACCAACGAGCUCAGAGACGCUUUAACGGCCAUGGAGCUUUUCUGGAACUACGGCUUCUUUGAGAGGUUGAUCCAGACCGUCCUGAUGAGGUUGGGCCUCUUCAACCCUGACCCUGAAGCUCCCGGUCCUCAAACGUCACCCAAGACUCAGAUUGCCGUCGCUUGCGAGGUCACCAGUCGCCUGUCUGCUGCUGACACGCUGCCUGUGAACCGCCUGAUGGGAUACGGCGCCACCUACCUGCAGAAUCACUUCUCCUCCUGGGCCAAGCAGCAGGGCGGUUAUGAGGCGGCCUUUAGCUGUGAAGAAGAUGAUGAUGAUGAUGAUGAUGGCGAUGAUGUGCAGUGAUGGCCGCCAUCUCGGCUAUCGCUGCUACCGAUGCUUGUUUACACAUUUUUGCACCUUCCGUCUUACACUGGAAGCGGACACAAAGUGGUGAUCCGUGCAGCAGAGGGAAUAAUAAGCACAUUUAUUAUGUCUCAGUAUUGUGACUGUUAGCAAAGUAACCCAUCCUAUUUUGAUAAAGGAGUGUGAAAGAUACGUUCUGUCGCUUGGCUAAUAUGUUGGACCGAAUGGAUGUAUACUAAUCAGUGAGCAUGAAUAAAAAUUGAAGUUUAAUUUCAAGCAUUUUCACGUUUGAAGCUGUCCAGGCUGAAUUGUUUGUG